AAAACAAGCGGAAUUAAAAUGCCGCGGAACUAUGUACAGGAACAUGUUGCUCCCCGGACUAUUUACAUAGACGGACGUUCGCUUUUUUUGCUUUGGCUCGUCGUUUUGUAAUGAGUUUAGUGACUUUUGUAAAGUAAUUAAAUUCGGAUUGAAUAAUAUUCCUUAAGGAUGUGUAAAAAAAUAUGGAAGAAGACGAACUUGCUGCGUUCAGGGCGCGUUGGAAACAGGAACUAACGAGUAAAAACGAGAAACCGACACUCGAAUCUGCUGCUCCUUCCUACUCCUCUAAUCUUAUUGGACAAAGAGACUCCAAAAAACGAUAUUUUGAGGAGUUUAAAGGUGCCAGGGAGCAGAAUGAAGCCUGUAGUGCUUUAGAAUCUAACAGUUGUACAGAAGAAGCGGCGUCAAGUGGAGGUGGAGGAGGAGGAGAGAAGGCUUCAGAUGUGGAGGAUCAGCCUCAGUAUGUGUCCAUUGCAAGUAGUUUACUGGAUGGGAGGACCAGUCCCCUGCUGGACAGGAUUGAAGAGGAGAGGAGCAGGAGGAAGAGGCAGUAUCACAACAUGACUGAUGUGUACAGCAGGGCUCAACAGCAACCUCAGAAAAAGGUCAAGAAGGACCAGGAGGAGCUGGUGGAUCUGCUCAUUCAGGAUCUGAAUGAGGUCAAUGACAUUCCCUUCUUUGACGUUGAGCUGCCUUACGAGUUGGCCUUAAAGAUAUUUCAGUACCUUGACUGCACUGAACUCGGCCGAUGUGCACAGGUGAGCAGGGCAUGGAGAGUCCUUGCCGAGGACGGUGUUCUGUGGUUCAGGAUGUGCACGAGGGAGGGUUAUCAUCCAGAUGCCAAUGUGUCUGACUCCCCCUGCUGGAAGAGCACGCUACGAGACUGCAGGACCUCAGCCAAAACUGUGCGCUCCAACUGGAAGAAUCGAGUGGGAUCCAUCAGCCAGCUGCAGUUUGAGCUGGGGAAGGUGCUGUGCGAUGUGAGCUUCUGCGAAAACUUUGUCUUAGCUGGGUACACGUCUGGUGAUGUGAGGCUGUGGGAUACACUGCACUGGGACUCAUCGGCCUCGUUCCUGAAGGCAAACAGCCUGUCUGUUAAUACUGACCCACGGCCACAUGUUAGUCACGUCCAGGUGAACAGAACAGUCGCUGCUGCUGCGUAUGAAGAUGGCUGUGUGGACCUGUGGAGCACUGAGACUGGUGGAGAGCCAAUCCACCACUACCAGAGCCCAGGGAGGAUCCAGUCCCUGGCCCUGAGCUGCGACAGUCCGGUCCUGGGCUCCAGCUCUGGGCCAGACGUUCGACUUGACCGGCCCGAUGACUGUGGCUACUGGAGGACCACCUGCCAGACUCAGCUGCCCAAGACUGUAGACAGUUUGGUUUUGGUACCAGGCAGAGGACAGCAGCAGCCGUUGGCAGUCGUAGCUGCAGCAGAGACUGUUUAUCUGCUGGACCCCCGGGCUGAGGAGCCACAGACCCUCCACUCAGUCUAUGGACACCCUGUUACCUGUGUGGAUGCCUCUCAGUCCCAGGUUGCACUUGGAGUGAAGAGUACAGGUUGGGCCAUGCACGACGGAGGCAACAAGAUCCACGUCUACAGCCUGGAGACGGGUAAGAUGACAGUUUGCGUCGGCAGCUCACCAGGGGAUUUCACUUGCAUCAACCUGAGAGACAGUCCAGCACAUCUACUGGUGUGCGGGAACAAAGACAGGAGGGUGAGGGUGUUUGACCUCCGGACCGGCUUCUCCGUAGCGUCCCUGUACGCCCACCACCUGGGCGUCACCUCAGUGCAGGCAGAUGAUUGGAAGAUUGUGAGCGGCGGAGGUGAAGGCCUGGUGUGUGUGUGGGAGAUGAGGAUGGGAACUAAGCUGUGGGAGAUGCACAACAGGCACCCCGUCAGGCGCGUACGCUUCAACACCAGCACCCUCGUAACGGCCAACAUCCCCAAUGACAAGUCGCCGCGGGGGGCGUGCAUCACAGACGAUGACCUUACCGCUCACCGCAGACAUCGAGGAGUCAUCUGUCAUUACGACUUCUCUGAGGACGUCACCUCCGAGGACCACAUCCUGCCCAUCUGCAGGUCCGACUACACCGAAAACUACGGCUACAACUACAACAUUAGCCUGGCGGUGCCCUACGACAGGCUGUCAGGUUCCCACCCAUCACACUGACAUCAACAAUGUGUUUGUCAAACUUUUAGCAAUGAUCAUUUGGAUUCUCCAAACUGUUUAAUUUUGCAUUAUUUUCUUUUAGUCUUUCAGCUAAAUCAAGGUAUUUGGAAAUUUGUAUUAUAUUUAACAGCAGCGUAAGUGUUUCAAGUUAUUUAAAUUGUAGAAUGAGAGGAUUGUUUUUGCUUUGUAAAACAAUGUAUAUGUAAAUUUUUAAUUCAAGUAUGUGAAUCAUUGCUACUGUACAUGAUCACAAAAAUUAAAAUGUCAUAUUCCUACCUCAUUUAUUAAAUGACAUCAUUUAUUCA